AUGAAUAUGUAUGUUGCUGCUAUUUUUAAAUCGUCAGUUAUUGAUGGUUAUUUAGAAAACUAUGAAUUACGAGAAUUGAGAAAUAAAAGACAUGUUGUCAGGAAAGAUGAUGAAAAUUCUCCAUUGUUAGAAAGUACAUUAAAUGACUUGAUGUCAAUACAAUUUGAUUCAACAGAAAUCAAUGAGCUUUCAUCAUUAAUUUCUCAAUUGCUUUUAUUAUCAAGAAAGUUGGACCAAUCUAUACCCAAGGUUCCAGUGACAGCUCAUGAGUAUUGUGAAAGGUAUACACUGAUUGGUCCAUUAUCCAUCAAGACAGCAUCUGCAGAAGUGGAAGCAGAAAAUCCUCAUAUUAAAGGAGUUCUUGAUAGAAUGUCAAACAAAAGUGUAAUAUGGAUAUAUGACAUUACUGAUAAAAUUGGUUUCAGAAGGCCGCAAGAUAUGGGGGAAAUCAAUAAUGUGGUGGUUGACCCUUUUGAAUUAUUAACUGAUGAAGACAAAGUGUUACUGAAAUGUCAUGUCAUGGCACUAAAAUCUAGCAUAAUUCCAUCAAUAUUAGCUCAUAAUAUUGUUUGA